AUGCAUAUGCCAAAAAUAUACAAUGUCUACUUCCUGGCCAUCAUCGCCACGGUUGGCGGCAUGCUCUUCGGUUUCGACAUCUCCUCCAUCUCCGCCAUCAUUGGAACGAAGCAAUAUGUGGCUUACUUCAACAAUCCUUCCGGUACUACUCAAGGUGGCAUUGGUGCUGCCCUUGCUGGCGGCUCAGUGAUUGGUGCCAUAAUGGCAGGUCCCGUAUCCAAUCGCAUCGGACGGCGUGACGCCAUCGCUUUUGCCUGUUUUUGGUGGCUGCUCGGGACCGCUAUACAAGCGGGCUGUAACGGUAUUGGCAUGCUGGUUGCCGGUCGCUUCAUAAAUGGUAUCUGCGUUGGUAUCACGUCUUCGCAGGUCCCAGUGUAUCUGGUCGAGAUCACGAAGAAAGAGAGGAGAGGCUCUAUUGUUGUCAUUCAACAGUGGGCCAUUGAGUGGGGUAUCUUUAUAAUGUAUUUUGCUGGAUACGGCUGCUCAUUCAUCGCUGGGACGAACUCGUUCAGGACUGCUUGGGCUAUUCAAUUCAUCCCAUGUGUCUUUCUUCUAGCUGGUCUUCCGUUUCUACCGAGAUCUCCACGCUGGCUUGCAAAGGUUGGACGCCUUGAUGAGGCCAUCGAGAUCCUUGCCCGCAUUCAAGCUGGCGGGAAUGUGAAUGAUCCGCUUGUAGUGGCUGAGUGGGAAGAAAUCACCACCAUCCUAGCGGCUGAGCGAGCUGGUCAACAAGGCUGGCGCCGAUUCUUCAAAAACGGCAUGUGGAAGCGUACCUUUGCAGGAAUGUCUGUGCAAGCCUGGCAACAACUUUCCGGUGCAAACGUUAUGACCUACUAUGUAGUUUAUAUCUUCGACAUGGCCGGCCUAACGGGAAACAUCGGACUCAUCUCCUCCGGGAUCCAAUACGCCGUCUUCAUCCUCGGGACAGCGGCCACAUUCUUCUUCAUCGAUGUGACCGGCCGUAGGCCCCUCCUUAUUUACGGGGCCGUUGGUAUGGGUAUCUGUAUGUUUGUGGUUGGUGGUGUACUGGGCUCUUAUGGCACCCCGCUUCCGAACGGUCUCAGUGGGAAUCUCAGCGUCAAGGUCCAGGUGACUGGCCCACCUGCAAACACCGUCAUCGCUUUCUGCUAUCUACUGGUGCUUACGUAUUCCAUUACCUUGGCGCCUAUCGCCUGGGUCUACGCCGCCGAAGUAUGGUCCCUCGAAACCCGUGCCACAGGCAUGGCCCUCGCCUCCAUUGCCAAUUGGCUCUUCAACUUCGCCAUCGGCUUCUUCAUCCCGCCCGCCUUUGAGAACAUCUCUUGGAAACUCUUCAUCAUAUUCGGCGUACUGUGCUUUGGCGCCGCGGUGCAGGCGUUCUUCACCUAUCCGGAGACGGCGGGCAAGACGAUUGAGGAGAUCGAGAUGUUGUUCAGCAAAGGGGCGAUCAAGCCGUGGAAGACAAAGCCAGGGAACAGUCUGUUGGACGCGAAGAUUGAGGCGGUCAAGGCGCAGCACAAGGGUAUCGGGGAUGUGGCCGGUGAGAAGACUGGGGUGACGCAACAGGAGUUUACGCAGGAGGUGCGGGAUAAGAUUGCUUGA